GUUUGAGGGAGAAGGGACAACUGGACCAGUCGCCAAGUCCUGGUAUGCAGAUGGCUAUUCCUGGUGGCCACCAUAUAAAGACCUUGACAGGAUGCUGAAGAGUGUUAGAACAAUGGAGGCACCACAGCCAGAGAAAGGGUGGACCCGACAUAGAGCAAGAAUCUUGCACGAGACAGCAUCUUUUCAGAAUGUAGCCAACAACUGGAAGAAGGCCAGCUACACUUCUGACUUAAACUCGGAACCUGAAAUUGCUGGAAAAAGGAUUCCCAAAAAGAAAACAAGUUCCGAUCAUAUCUACUCGUCAGAUGACGAGGCAGAACAACAACCCAUUAAAAAAAGAAAAGCUGCAAACAAAGCAAGUGUUCCACCCGCACCAAAACCUCCAGCAAUUCCAAAACGCAACAAAAAAGGUCCUGUUGUGCAACCUCAGGUUUCACAGAGCAGAGCUGUAAACCCUCUAAGCACCUCAUUUGUCAACCGGCAACAAAAGGACAUGGAAGACCAGCAGAACUGGUGUGAGAGUCUCCCCAGCUUUCAAGCUCCAGUGCGUAUGUCUCAGCCAGACCAUCACAGAGACAGCUGGUGUGUUGAUCAACCUAACACACAAGAGCACACCUUCGCUGUCCUGAGACCCUCAGGGGACCACCAAGGAAGAGCCCAGACUCCAGUGGGUGUCUCUCAGUCAGACCAUCAUGGAGACGGCUGGAGUGCUAGUCCACCUGACACACAAGAGACUUGCGGUGCGGAGCUAUGGAUCCGGGGCGAGAGUAUAAACGAGCAUUUCGAACAGGCUGUGUACGACAAGUGUGAACGGCAUGAGACACGGGAUACGCGCCGCGUGGGGCAGAGAGGAGCGAGUAUAAGAAGCAUUCAGAGACACAAGCUGUGUCUGCGGUCUUCUGAACUGGGAAUAGCGAACGUGCAUUAUAAACUUAUUUAA